CUCGCUAGGUGGGGGAUUUUGGCCACUACUAACCCCCAAGUUGCAUAUACUAUGGACAUAGUAUGGACAUACUUGUAGGCCUGCCACAAAACCCUUCUCUUCAACCAACCCCGGAUGCUCAAGGCUUUGGCCCGACCCUUGUCCCCAUUGCUAGCUCUAUAAAAAUCCAUUGAUGCUAAGAUAGACUGCAUGGCGCGGAGCUCUGUCCCUCUCCCGUCAAUGCCGCCAUGCCCAAGGCGCAUCUCAGCGUUCAAUUCUUAGCUUUGAUGCCGCUUGGCGUUCUGCCUGUCAGACAGCGAAAAGGCAAAUUAUCCCACUUAGGGCUGACACGACAGCAUCCGAAUCCCGCUGGUAAGACGAGGAAUUGGCUCUUGCGCCAUCCGCCCCCGAUAGGUUUUACUUUUUUGUGCCUGGGUCUACGCCCGAAUAGCCCCAAGUGCUGUUUUCUCCUGGAUCGAGGCCAUCAUGGUGCUCGACUUGGUCCGUCGACCAUGGCUCGCUGCUCUCCACAAGGGACCAGGAGCUGCUGUCUCAAGCGCUGUCUUUUCGCCGUCUGCCCCCUCUUGGAUCCUGGUUUAGCUGCCCGGCGCUACCCACUCACGGCUGGCGGCUUAUUCGGUUCUGGCCAUAUUCGGCGCCGAGCUGGAGCGACUCGUUCUCCAGACUCCAGGCCCGCGGGAAUGGGGGAGCAAAAAGAGCCAAGAAGCCAUGGGCGGAUUUCGCUACUUUGGCCCACCCACAGCAGCGAAAAGCAAAAAUGAAGAAAAUAACCUACG